AUGGGUUCUGCUGCGGGAAAGAUUGGAGAAAAAAAGCACGAUCGUGGGGAGAAAUUGCGUGCAAGGGAAAACAACGGAGAUAUCACCAGCGGUGGUCUAAAUGCGACGACAGGCCACACCAACGAUAAUGUACAUCGGCCGGGUGAAUUUUGCCGAGGUUCCGUACCAACCGGGACCGAGGUGACUGAGGACGAUAUAGAUGCGGAUGACGACGAAGACGACUGUGACACUGGCAAUGUCAAUAGCAGUUACAAUGAAAGGGAAAUGGUUUCACCCAACUUACAGAUUUUUCGACGCCACUUGCGGCGACCCGUACACUCACUUGGGGUAUCGGAGCCGAGGGAAGGUGCACUGACACCAUAUUUUAACCCAAAACCCGCAGAAGUGGUGGGUACGGAGAUUAUCGCAAGUGGGGAGCAGAUGUGUAGUGGUUCCGAUGAUCAACACAGGUUGAGCGCAUCUCAUCGUUGCAGACCUGAGAGUGACAGUGAAGGGCUCAACACGUCGAGGGUAACUCCAGUUUCUCAUUUUAUCCUAAAAGCGGAUGAACCGGCGAGUGCUUUGCCAUACAGUCUGAGUGAUGGACUUUCCUGCAGUAACACACAGGUCUCACUGAGCGGACGUGGGACGAGGGGCCUGGCGGCGGUACGAGAGUUGCAGACUACCUCGACAAAAUCCUUGCGUGGGGAUAGUUGUGGAGCUCGUGGCUUUUCAUACAGCCUGCAGUCUAACGGUAAUAACACGUACGCAACAUCUGACGGGUCGGACCUCUUUUUGUUCUCUCCAGCGAUGGAUCGUUGUACACCAACACCGUGA